UUUCCUUAAGUUACAAUGAUAGUAAGUUGCCGUAUUCCAGAGCACAUGCAGAUGCCAGUUUUCUCCCUGGCGCUCGCUCCGCUCCGCAGCUCCGUGGUCUCCGCCGGGAAGCCCCCGCUUUAUCCACCGCGCUCCUAAAAGUACGCUAAAAGUACGGAAGGUCCGAAGAGGUUUCUCCAGUGCCUCCCACUGAAAAGAGUCCUCCACUUUUCUGAAGGGAUACUGACAGAAGUUAAUUAUAAAAGAAAGCUUUCAGCAAGAUAAAUGACUAAAGGUAACGGAGAAGAUCCAAAACCUGGAAGUAGGAUGGAACGAAUUCAACAAGGAGUCCGGAAACGUACACUUUUGGCAAAAAAAAAAGUGCAGAGCAUAACAAAGGACGAUGUUAAAAGUUAUUUAAUGAGGAAUGCCUUUGUGCUCUUCACUGUCGUUGCUGUGAUUCUUGGUGUAAUCCUGGGAUUUUCUCUUCGAUCAUAUAAGAUGAGCUAUCGGGAAGUGAAGUACUUUUCGUUUCCAGGAGAACUACUCAUGAGAAUGCUGCAGAUGCUGGUCCUGCCACUAAUUGUCUCCAGUUUAGUCACAGGAAUUGCUGCCCUGGAUAGUAAAGCCUCAGGGAAGAUGGGAGUCCGAGCAGUAGUCUACUACAUGAGCACUACUAUCAUUGCUGUACUGAUUGGCAUAAUCAUUGUGGUCAUCAUCCACCCCGGGAAAGGUACAAAGGAAAACAUGCACAGAGAAGGCAAAAUUGUGCAAGUGACAGCAGCAGAUGCCUUUCUUGAUUUAAUCAGAAAUAUGUUCCCUCCAAAUCUGGUGGAAGCUUGCUUUAAACAGUUCAAAACCAAUUAUGAAAAGAGAAAGUUUAAAGUAACUAUUCCAUCCAAUGACACAUCCACGGUGACUUCCAUAAUCAGCAACGUGUCAGAAGCAAUGGAAGCUCUCACCCGAAUGAAAGAGGAAAUAGUUCCUGUUCCAGGUUCUGUGAACGGAGUGAAUGCCCUUGGCUUGGUGGUGUUCUCAAUCAGCUUUGGCCUGGUGAUUGGGAGCAUGAGGGAGCAAGGUCAGGCAUUGAAAGACUUCUUUGAUAGCCUUAAUGAGGCUAUCAUGAGAUUGGUAGCUCUAAUCAUGUGGUAUGCUCCACUUGGAAUUCUCUUCUUGAUUGCUGGAAAAAUUGUUGAGAUGGAAGAUAUGGGUGUGAUCGGUGGUCAGCUUGCCAUGUAUACUGUAACAGUUAUCAUCGGUUUGCUAAUUCAUGCUGUCAUUGUCCUACCUCUUCUCUACUUUGUGAUCACUCGUAAGAAUCCAUGGGUAUUUAUUGGAGGCUUAAUCCAAGCAUUAGUCACAGCUUUGGGAACAUCUUCCAGUUCUGCAACACUACCUGUUACAUUUAAGUGUCUGGAAGAAAUAAAUGGAGUGGACAAACGAGUUACAAGAUUCGUACUCCCAGUUGGUGCUACAAUUAAUAUGGAUGGAACUGCUUUAUAUGAGGCUUUGGCUGCAAUUUUCAUCGCACAGGUCAACAACUUUGACCUGAACUUUGGGCAGAUUAUCACAAUCAGCAUCACUGCUACAGCUGCCAGUAUUGGGGCUGCAGGCAUUCCUCAAGCUGGACUGGUCACCAUGGUCAUCGUGCUCACAUCAGUAGGUUUGCCUACAGAUGAUAUCACUCUUAUCAUUGCAGUGGACUGGUUCUUGGAUCGUCUCCGUACCACUACCAAUGUCUUGGGAGACUCCAUUGGAGCAGGAAUUGUUGAACAUUUAUCACGGCAUGAGCUGAAGAACAGGGAUGCUGAAAUGGGUAAUUCUGUGAUAGAGGAGAAUGAAAUGAAGAAACCAUACCAACUGAUCUCGCAAGAAAAUGAGAAUGAGAAACCAGUAGAUAGUGAAACCAAGAUGUAGGCUAGAGAAAGCGUGAGUUCAAUGCUACAAGUGUGAGAAAACACACACUUUUUCCGGCAAUUUAUAUCUUGAAUUCACCAGCUUCAACUAUUCCUUGAUUUCUCCCUUUAUGCUCGCACUGGAAAGAAUUAAUGAAAAUAUAUUCCAAACUAGCAGUGAUCAUGGUAUAUGUUGGCUUCCCACUUAAAAAAAAAUUAACAGGCAACAACACUGGUCCUGCUAGACAUAUGCUAACUGGGGAUAAAAAAAGAGAUUGUGUAUAUGUUACUCAGUCCUGUGAAUCUUUUUUUUUUCUUUUUUUUUUUUUUAUGAACUGGAAAGCAAAAAAGAUAACAGAGCCUGAAAAUGGUUUUAUUUUUUUAAACACCUGUUGCAACAUACUAAACAUCUAUAAACACACAAUCAACACUUCUAACUUGAUAACUGCAUCCAGCUAAGUAAAUUAACAAGACCUUUGCUAUUUUAUCUGAUUUUCUUUCUCUAGUGUUAUAUUAUUGUUCAAAUACUAGCAGGACAAUAAAAAGCAGGAGAUUAAUUGAGGGGAUAAAAAGGGGGAAGAUAUAUAAAUAAAGAAAAGAAAAUACCCCCAAAUCAGCACUUUUGCCAGCUGAGAUGAAAUAUUUCUGAGAAAGUUAUUUUAUCUAGACAGUUUUUCAAAUUAGUUUCAGCUGAUCUUUAUAAAAUUUAGCCUAGUUGGCUCCCACUGCCUCUCAAACAUUUACAUAUGCAUGUAUGUAUUUCCAAUCUGAAUUUGCUCCCUUAAUUUCAACAUCACAACCCAGUUAAACAAUCUGUGUGUGUAAGUGUUUGUAAGAGCAAGGCCCUGGUCUGGGACAGAAGCUGUGUCGUCAUCCGUGUCUGGAUAAAAAAAUUUGCACACUUUGGAUGCACUAAUGAGCUACUUAAUAAGCAAUUGUAAGAAGGCAAUGCCAGCCUUCUGCAGAAGGUGCAGAGGGUGAGAUGUUCAGAUCCUAAAUGGGCUGGAUUCUGAAUCUGAAUUCCUGAGACCAGCAGAGGUUUUCUGAUUGGAAACAUCCCAAAUUCUUGAUCCACUAAUAAAUUAUAGAGGUAUUAACUGGACUCACUUUUUUCCACCUGGAGAAGGCUCCCUAUCUUAAUGUGAAAUUCUGAAUUCCUAGAGAGUUUAUCAGUAGCACCUGAAAAAGAAGAGAAAAGCCUUUAGAAAAUAAAACUAAUGGGUGCUUUUGUACGUUUUAUUAGGAAAAGGUAUGCAAAUUGAAAAAUAAUAAAUACUAUAAUAUAUGUUGAAAUUUUAAUUAGAAAGGAUUUUAAGAUGAAAUAUUGUAGGUAACUUUCAGGAAAUAGAUAAGGAAAGAAUGAAGAAAGGGAAACAAUGCACUUGUAAUACAGUGGCUUUUUUGUUCAACUCGAGAUUAUUCCCUGAAGAAGCCCUUUUCUAGAAAUACAAGUUAUGUACUUUUUCCUUUUUGUCUUGUAUUAUUAGAAUGAUGCCUUUUCCUGAUCUU